AACAGGGGAGAGAGAGGAGAGGAGAAGAACAUGGUCUCCAACUCCGAAGGACAAAAUCGAGAGACGCGGCGAGAAAUAUGUGGUGUAUGGGUGGUGGUGGGAAUCUCGUCGACGGUGUUCGUCGAUGGCUUUUUCAGCGACCUUCUUCUUCUUCUUCCAAUAAUAACAAUCACGAACCAUCCAUUCUCAAUUCUUCUCCCUCUCCUUCUUCUUCUUCUUCUAUCCCCGAUCAUUCCGUUCACUCUGGAGAUUUCAAAGAGCUUAUUGUUAUUGAAGAUCUCGACUUCUCUGGCCUAACGCUUAUUAAGGUUCCUAAACGUAAUCACUUACCUAUGGAUACUCACAAAAAGGAUGCUGAAUUCUUCACGGAGUAUGGUGAAGCAAACAGGUAUCAGAUUCAAGAAGUCGUUGGCAAAGGAAGCUAUGGUGUUGUGGCUUCUGCUCUGGACUCACACACUGGUGAGAGAGUUGCCAUCAAGAAGAUUAACGAUGUCUUUGAGCAUGUCUCUGAUGCUACUAGGAUUCUCAGAGAGAUCAAAUUGCUUCGGUUGCUUCGUCAUCCUGAUGUUGUGGAGAUUAAACACAUCAUGCUACCUCCUUCUCGUAGAGAAUUCCGGGAUAUUUAUGUUGUCUUCGAGUUGAUGGAAUCUGAUCUUCAUCAAGUCAUCAAGGCCAACGAUGACUUAACUCCUGAGCAUUAUCAGUUUUUCUUGUAUCAGCUUCUCCGUGGUCUGAAAUAUGUUCACGCAGCUAAUGUGUUUCAUCGGGAUUUGAAACCAAAGAACAUUCUAGCUAAUGCUGAUUGCAAAUUGAAGAUCUGUGAUUUUGGGCUGGCUCGUGUUUCCUUUAACGAUGCCCCAACCGCUAUAUUUUGGACUGAUUAUGUAGCUACUCGGUGGUAUCGUGCCCCUGAACUAUGUGGAUCGUUUUUCUCCAAAUAUACCCCUGCGAUUGAUAUCUGGAGUGUCGGUUGCAUUUUUGCGGAAAUGCUUUUGGGUAAGCCUUUGUUUCCCGGGAAAAACGUGGUGCACCAAUUGGAUCUAAUGACUGACUUUCUUGGCACUCCACCUCCUGAGUCGAUAUCAAGGAUUAGAAAUGAAAAGGCGAGGAGAUAUCUUAGUAGCAUGAGGAAAAAACAGCAAGUCCCUUUCUCUCAUAAGUUCCCUAAAGCUGAUCCUUUGGCUCUCCGCCUUCUGGAACGCCUGCUUGCCUUUGAUCCCAAAGAUCGUGCAUCAGCUGAAGAUGCACUAGCUGAUCCAUACUUCAGUGGUUUGUCAAAUUCAGAGCGUGAACCAUCGACACAGCCAAUUUCAAAGCUUGAAUUUGACUUUGAGAGAAAGAAGCUGACAAAAGAUGAUGUCAGAGAAUUAAUUUACCGAGAGAUAUUGGAAUAUCAUCCUCAGAUGUUGGAGGAAUACCUUCGUGGUGGUGAUCAGCUUAGUUUCAUGUACCCCAGUGGGGUUGACCGAUUCAAAAGGCAAUUUGCUCAUCUUGAAGAAAAUCAAGGUAAACCAGGAGCAGCUGGAGGAGGAAGAAGUACUGCACUUCAUAGACAUCACGCCUCUUUGCCAAGAGAGAGAGUUCCUGCUCCAAAUGGUGAAACUACAGAAGAAAGCAGUGAUGUUGAAAGAAGAGCAGCAGCUGCUGUGGCUUCAACCUUGGAAUCUGAGGAAGCAGACAAUGGAGGAGGUUACAGUGCUCGUAACCUCAUGAAGAGCGCGAGCAUCAGCGGUUCCAAAUGCAUCGGUGUCCAGUCUAAAACCGACAAAGAGGACACCAUAGCUGAGGAAGAAGGUGAUGAAACAGUUGCAGAGCUUACUGAUAGAGUUGCUUCUCUUCAUAAUUCUUAAGAAACAAAUAUUUAGUUUUUUUUUUGUUCUUUUCACGAAAGUUUUCUGGUGAAAAAAUUGGUUGCUCCAUUUUCUUCUCCCUUCUUCCACAUCUAUCUCUGUGGUUGGGUUUGAUUGUUGUAUUUAAUAGUUUGGGGUGAGAAUGGAAACUUCAAAUAAAGACUGUGAUCUCCAUGUAAUUUUUUAUUUUUUUUCUCCUUUUCAAAGACACGCACAUUUUGAAGUUCAUUUUACUUUUACAUAAUCAAAUUUUGUUUCAUUA